CAACUGCCAGAUAUGUGCCAGAUUGCUGAAGUUGAUGCAAUAACUGCCACACAUAGAGAAAGUAAAAUAAUUUAUUUUACUUACUCUAUGGUGCCACAGAACACCUCUGAACUGAUAACUGCCGGCUGUUUAAUCAAAAUCAACUGAAAGUCGUGUGAAACAUUCUUUGAAAAUGGUGCUGGAUCUCGACCUGUUCCGUACGGAUAAAGGGGGCGACCCCGACAAGAUCCGAGCGAUCCAGAAGAAGCGCUACAAAGACGUGGGUCUGGUGGACGAAGUGGUGGCCAAAGACACGCUGUGGAGGCAGCUGCGACACAAGGCGGACAACUGGAACAAGCUGAAGAACGUGUGUAGCAAAGCCAUCGGCGAAAAAAUGAAGAACAAAGUGGCCCAGGUGGAGGGCGAGCAAUCCGCUCUUGAGGAAGUAACCGCCCAGCUGGACAGUCUGACUCUGGACACGCUCAAGCCCCUGUCAGUGGCCCAGAUCAAAAAGGUAAGGACGCUGAUUGAUGACGCGGUGCUGAGCAACGACAGCGAACUGUUAAGGGCGGAGAAGAAGCGAAAUGAGGUGUUGAAGGAAAUUGGGAACCUGCUGCACGAGUCUGUGCCAGUGGACGACAAUGAGGACAACAACAAAGUGGAACGCACCUUCGGGGACUGCGAGAUCAGGAAAAAAUACUCGCACGUCGACCUGAUUUGCAUGAUUGAUGGUGUCGACACUGAGAGAGGCACAGUCGUCUCAGGCGGGCGCGGUUAUUAUCUGACGGGACCUGCGGUGUUCUUGGAACAAGCCCUCGUUCAAUUCGCGUUGCGGCAGCUGCUGGUCAAGGGCUACAAACCCUUGUACACGCCCUUUUUCAUGAAGAAAGAAAUCAUGCAAGAGGUGGCUCAACUGUCUCAGUUCGACGAGGAAUUGUACAAGGUGAUUGGGAAGAGCAGCGAAAAUGCCGAGAGCAAAGAGGUGGAUGAAAAGUAUCUGAUUGCGACCUCGGAGCAGCCAAUCGCAGCCUUUCAUCGCGACGAAUGGCUUCCGGAAAGUGUGCUCCCCAUUCGGUACGCCGGCUUGUCCACUUGCUUCCGGCAAGAAGUCGGCUCGCAUGGUCGAGACACCAGGGGCAUUUUCCGCGUGCAUCAAUUCGAAAAGGUAGAACAGUUCUGCUUAACAUCGCCAUUCGACAACAAGUCCUGGGAAAUGAUGGACGAGAUGAUCGGCAACGCCGAGGCCUUCUACCAAGCAUUGGAAAUUCCCUAUCGAGUGGUGAACAUCGUGUCUGGAGCCUUGAACAACGCCGCCUCUAAAAAGCUGGACUUGGAGGCGUGGUUCCCCGGCUCCGGAGCCUUUCGGGAACUGGUGUCGUGCAGCAACUGUUUGGAGUAUCAGGCCCGAAGGCUGCUGGUUCGAUAUGGACAGACCAAGAAGAUGAACGCGGCCACUGACUAUGUGCACAUGCUGAACGCCACCAUGUGCGCUACGACUCGCGUGAUUUGCGCCAUUUUGGAGGUGCACCAGACUGAGGAAGGCAUUCGGGUCCCGGCGGUGCUCAGAGACUUUCUGCCGGAGCCCUACCGGGAUCUAAUUCGCUUCGUCAAGCCGGCCCCAAUCGACGUGGACAAGGAGCCUAAAAAAGCGCCGAAGAAGAGCAAAGCGUAAUAACAAUUGGAUAAGGAUAAACGAUUUCUGAGCAACAAGUUUUUCAUUGCUAAAAAACGACCAUGCCUUUUUUCUGUUUUAUUUUAAAGUGACUAAUAGUAGUGAUGGGUUUAAUUAAAAAUGAGCAAAAUAUAACAUUAGUGCAAGCUCUUAUCAGUAAUGGAACACUAAUUGUAUUAAAUAUUAUAAACAGCUUAAGUAUAUACAUAUUUAAUAAAAAACAAUUAAUAUAG